AAAAUGAAAAAGAAAUAUAAAAACAAAGAGGCCAUAAAUCAAAUCUUGAUAGCAACUUACAUCUUGGAACAAAUUCGCUUGAUCAACACAUUAACUGCUUGACCAUCACUCUGUUCAUCUAUCAAGCUCUCCACUCUCGUUGCCAAAAUGCCUUUAAGGAGGCUAGUUGAGAUUGAGCCACCAAGCCCACUUAGGUAUUUGAUGGGAGCUGCUAUUAUGAUGAUUGGUGUUGUUUUGCCUGUUGGUUUUAUGAUGUUUCGAAACAAACGUGUCCCCUCUUCCUCUUCUUUUGCCAAACAAACGUAGGAACAAGGUUUUGAUUUGAAUGGGAUUGAUUGGUAAUGACGGUGGUAGAUUUAGCUCAUAAAGCUUCUUGAGUGCGUUGUUAAUGUCGGAAUGAAUUAGCGGAUAUGUGGAAAGUGCCAGUGUACAUGCUUCGAUUAUUGAUUACUCUGUUGAGAGAUUCGAAUUUUUGUUCUGGAAAAAGUUUAUGUUUGAAUUAUCGAUGUGUUUGAGAGAUCAUACUUCUUAACAUGACAUAUAAACUCUUCAUUAACUGUUUCGAGUGGUAAUCUAUAUGUAAUCUGCUGUUAAUUGAGCAUUGUUACAGCUGAUGGUUGAAUUUCAAGCUAGAUUAUAAUUUUGUGAUUCUCUGAUUGUGGAAUGUUUCAUAGAAUUUUAUGUCGAUCGAAGCUGCACUUGGUGACUUUCUGUGGUAUCAGGUUACAUGUUAGGAAGAAACAUUGCCAUACUGGUAACUACCAUCUUUGUAGCUCCAGAAUGUUACAGUUUAUGACGGUUUUUGCAAGGAGGCCUAUGUUUAUGUUUUUCACA